UCCCAAUUCGAUGCACUUUCAUGGGCCCAGGAUCGGUUUAAUAUCUAGCGGGGCCCACCAGCCCAAUUUCUCUUCCCGGAAGGCCGUAGCCUCCUCGGUCUGCAAUAUAAAUACUCCUGGAGUUUGGUCGUUUCAUUUACAGGCAGCGAGCAGCUGAGUAAUGGAAGCGAUACACCUGGUAAGGAGGAGAAGAGCGGAGAGUAGAGCCGGAAUUCCAGGAGCUUCAUUUUACUCGCUCAAAUAAUGUUACCAAAAGUUUCUUCCUCCCUUUUCCUUUUCUUUCCAUCUAUACAUGGCUUCGAUGCCUAUAGUUACAUUUAGUUUUCGAUCCGCUGGGUUUUCAGGUUCCUCCAAGCUCCACCUUCAAAAAAUGCGCUCUCGUUAUGUAGUAAAUCAGAGAUUUCUUGCAUCCAAAUCUCUAAGAUGCACCAUAUCUUCCUCCGAUAGGUUACAUCUUCGACGCUCUAAUUGCGAUCUCGAUGCGUUUGCAAUUCCGGUCUAUACGUCUGAUUUAGUGGUCGAUAAGCUUCAUCGACUUGUUUUGGAGUUCAAGCCUCUCUUGAAGCCGAUUGAUCGAGUGAAACGACUGUUGCAGUAUGCAGCGAUUCUUGAUCCUUCGGGUGAAUCGAUUCGACUACCAGAGAAUAGAGUGAGAGGAUGUGCGACGCAAGUAUGGUUGGAUGUAAGAAUUGACGAGUUUGAUCGAAUGAGAUUCAAAGCUGACAGCGAUUCGGAGAUUGCGAAGGGAUACUGUUCGUGUUUGAUUUGGAUGUUGGAGGGCGCGAAGGCAUGUGAGGUUUUGAAGAUGAGGAGCGAUGAUUUGGAGGCUGUGAAUGUUGGAUUACAUGGAAAAGCGAUAUCUAGGGUGAAUACAUGGCAGAAUGUGUUGAUGAGUAUGCAAAUGAGAACGAACGCUUUGGUAUCCAGGAAUGAAGCCUUUGAUCUGUAGCACUGUUCAUCAUCGUUGAUGGUGUUGGCGCCAAUAGAGACUAUUUUUUGGUUA